GGUGUCUAUUCGGCGAAGGGCGCGCGCUGCCAUGACCUGUAUCUCACUGUAAGCAAAAGUACAAACGAUCUCCGGCGGGGCGUCACGGACCGCUUGGUUCGAAAUAGCGGGAGGGGGAAGGAAGUAUAAAGAGUGCUCGUCUGAUGUUCUCGACCGCUACCGCUUCCUUCCUCCAACUUGCUGCUCUCGCGACGGUAGCCCUUGCGGCACCCAGCAAUAUCACGAUGCCCCGCGCCGCGACAUGCAUCGUCAACAGCGUCGCGAGCGCUGCGAACCUCAAGAGCUGCACGAGCGUCGAGAUCCAGGGCUUCACUGUGCCCUCCGGACAGACGGUGACCAUUGCGGCUGCCACCGGCGCGACUGUGUGGAUGACAGGCGACAUCGUUUUUGAGAAGACAACAUCUGCGGGCCCGCUCAUCACGUUCAACACCCCCGGCAUCAACUUCAACGGUGGAAACCGCAACAUCAAUGGCAACGGCGCGGCUUACUGGGAUGGCCAGGGCACGAACGGCGGUGUGACAAAGCCGCAUCCGUUUGUCAAAUUCAAGGGCUCCGGCACGUUCGGGUUCGUGACCGUGCUCAACUCCCCCGCGCAAGCCAUCUCGGUCGGAACCACGGCUGCGACUCUGAUCCAGCGAGUCACCGUCGACAACUCCGCUGGCGCCGCGCUCGGCCACAACACCGACGGCUUUGACAUCAGCGCAUCGGACGUGACGGUCUCGCAGUGCACAGUGCUCAACCAGGACGACUGCGUCGCCGUCAACUCCGGCGACUCGAUCACGAUCGAGGAGUCGACCUGCACCGGCGGCCACGGCAUCUCCAUCGGGUCGAUCGCGACCGGCAAGUCCGUCACGAACUUUAAGGCCGUCGGGAACACGAUCAGCGGCGGGCUGUAUGGCCUGCGCAUCAAGGUCGACGCGACCGCAACUGGCGCACAGGUCUCGAACGUCGUCUACGAAGGGAACAUCAUCUCGGGCAUCACGGAUUACGGCGUCCUGAUCACCCAGAGCUACCCCGCCAACGACGGCACCCCAGGAACCGGCGGCCCGAUCUCGAACGUCGCAUUCAUCGGCAGCACGACGACCGUCGCAGUCAACAGCGGGGCGAUGUCCGUCGUCAUCGACUGCGGCGCGUGCUCCGGAAACUGGAACUUCGCCAGCCUCAUGGUCACGUCGCCGGGCAAGGGGCACAGCAUUGUGGCUGACCGCGCGUCGAUCACCGGCGGGACAUACUGA